AUGUUAGAUGCAGUGGAGACCAUCUUUCUGAUCAUGAUAGGUGGAGAGUUCAUAAUGGGGAUUUUGGGGAAUGGAUUCAUUGGACUGGUGAACUUCAUUGACUGGAUCAAGAAAAGGAAAAUCUACUUGGUUGAUUUAAUUCUCACCAGCCUAGCCAUCUCCAGAAUUGGCCUAUUGUUUGUGAUACUAUUAAAUGGUUUUAUAACGAUUCUUUAUCCAGAGGCAUUUGACUGUGAAAAUAUUUUGAAACUUAUAGACAGUGUCUGGACAAUCACCAACCAGUUAAGUGUUUGCUUUGCUACCUGCCUUAGCAUAUUCUACUGUUUGAAGAUAGCCAAUUUCUCCCAUCCCCUUUUUCUCUGGCUGAAGUGGAGAAUUAACACAGUGAUCCUCAUAAUUCUACUGGCAUCUUUACUUAAAACUGUACUCAUUAGUCUCCUAAUAACAGAGAAAUUUAAUGAAGAUUUCAAGGGCUGGGGAAGCAGAAAGAACAAGAGAAAUUAUACAGGUAAUUCUGUCUAUUUUAACACCCUGAUUUUCCUCAAUCUGGAGACUCUCUUGCCUUUUACCCUGUCUGUGAUCUCAUUUUGCCUGUUAAUCCUCUCCUUGUGGAAACAUACCAGGAAGAUAAAGCUCAAUGCCACGGAUGCUAGAGAUCCCAGAACAGAGAUCCAUUUGAGAGCCAUGAAAGCUGUGAUUUCUUUCCUCAUUCUCUUUGUCAUUUACUGUUUGGCCUUUCUCAUAACAACAUCCAGCUACUUUCUUCCACAGAAAGAACUAGCAGUGAUAUUUGGUGAGAUUAUUGCUGCCAUCUACCCCUCAGGCCACUCAUUUAUUUUAAUUUUGGGGAACAUUAAGCUGAAGCAGGCAUCCCUGAAUUCACUGAAGAAGAUGAAGCAUUGUCUCAAAGGAGGAAAAUCUCUCCUGCAAGCAGCUGCAGCCUCAGACUCAGCAGUGUCUACAACUGUGGGGAGAGGGGAAAGGUGGAUGGGCCAGAGCAGUACGAGGCUCUGCUGUGCUAGUGCUCUGCCUUGCACUGGGACUAAGACCCAGAGCUGUGACCCAGAUCCAAAUAUAGGCAAUGUAACAGAGUCCUACCCAUGGUGUCAGCAAAGGGACCCCCGUAAAUCUCCUUCUGACCCGUUGUUUGAUCCCUUUACCAUCGGUGGGCUGAGAGGCAAACAGGCAGUCACCUGGGCCUCUGCCAUGUGUUUCAGCAUAGCUCUAGACAACCAGGCAGCUGCCAGCAGCCAGACUACUAUGUGCUUCAGUAUAGCCCUGGGGAAACACAGAAACACCCCACCAGCAUCAGCACAUGCCAGAUACCAUCACUAG